AUUUUUCAGAAAUUCCAAAGAACAUGGAAACGAGACCACAGGAAGAAUCCAGAACUGCUGCCCAUCAUAAAAAUUUUCCAUCUGCAAUUUGUGUCUACAGUGUGCCGGUUAUUGAUGAGGAGAUACGGUUUCGCCAUGUUGCCCAGGCUGCUCUCGAACUCCUGGACUCAAGUGAUCCUUCCUCCUCGGGCUCCCUAAGACCUGGGAUUGCAGGUGGCCUGGUGCUGCUGCUCUGGAGAACACCUGGAGGAGAACACCUGGAGGAGAACCAAGGCCCACGAUGAACGGCUCUCAGCCUAGUGUGCAUAUGAGAAUCACACAGGGAGUUUCAACACACACCAACCCCUGUGCCCGACCCAGACCCUGGGAGACCGCUGAGGGCGGGGUACAAGCGCUGGCCCCCAGGGAGUUCUAAUCAUUGGCCAAAGUCAGGGUGCACAGCCCAACUCCUUCUCACCCGUCAAUGCCACUUCAGAUACCACUUCUUCAGCAAGCCUUUCCUGACUUCCUCCAAUGGGGUUAGGUCCUUCAUUCAUUCAUUCAUUCAUUCAUUCCACAAACCAUCAUGCCCCUUGUAUGCACCGGGCCCUGUGCUGGUGCUGGGGAUUCAGCUGUGAGGCCAGGUAAGGUUUUUGCCCUCAUGGUGUUUCUCUACAGAAACAUGGAGGAAACAAGUGGUGAAAAGUCAGGACAGACGAUGUCAGGGUGUGAUGAAAAUAAAACAGAAUGACGACAUAAAGACAAUUAAUUAAUUAGAGACAGGGUAUCACUCUGUUGGCCAGACUGGAGUGCAGUGGUACAAUCAUGGUUCACUGCAGCUUUGAACUCCCAGGCUCAAGCAAUCCUCUCGCCUCAGCCUCCGGAGCAGCUGGAACUACAGACACAUCUGUCAUGCCCAGUUAAUUUUUUCUUUCUUUCUUUUUUGUUUUAGACAGAGUCCCACUCUGUCGCCCAGACUGGAGUGCAGUGGUGCGACCUCGGCUCACUGCAACCUCUGCCUCCCGUGUUCAGGUGAUUCUCUUGCCUCGGCCUCCCGAGUAGCUGGGAUUACAGGUGCACACCGCACCUGGCUAAUUUUUGUAUUUUUAGGAGAGAUGGGAUUUCACCAUAUUGGCCAGGAGGGUCUCGAACUCUUGAACUUAAGUGAUCGGCCCGCCUCAGCCUCCCAAAGUGCUGGGAUUACAGGUGUGAGCCACUGCGCCAGAGAAGAGGGUUACUUUAGAUGGACUGGUUGAGGAAGGCCUCUUUGAGGAGGUGACGCUGGAGCUGCCCCUCGAAAAAGCCUCCGUGGAGCCCUUUUAAACAAGAGGAGUGUUUGAAGCGGGGCUCAGAGCCUGUGCUGAGGUCCUGCGGUGGGCACGGGCUGACCCCAUAGGAAAAGCCUGAAGGAAGCCAGGGUGGCUGCAUCCCAGAGAGUGGAGAGGGAGGCAGAGGAGGGCGGCCCGGGGAGGACCUGGAGUUUAUGCAACAGGAAACCAACAGAGUUCAAGCAGGAAGUAACACAAUCCCACUCGCUUUGAAAAAGGUCCACUCUGUGCCCCUGGAAUGCGCCCUCACCGAGGUGGAUUCCUCUCCCUCAGAGCGUUUUUCUCAGGUGUCACGGCAGACUCCUUGGUGUGAGAAGAAUCUCUUUGUCCCACUGGUGUGUGAUCUUUAUGAGAAGGUGAUUAACGUGCCCCCUUGCCCAUAGGAAGUGCUCAGUCAGCACAGUCUGACAGAGCUGGGUGUGGUGGCGGGUGCCUGUUGUCUCAGCUACUAGGGAGGAUCACCUGAGCCCAGGAGUUUGAGGCUGCAGUGAGCUGUGAUCACCCCACUGCGCUCCAGCCUGGGUGACAGAGCAAAACCUUGUCUCUGAAAAGAAGUUUGACAAAUGACCCUGUGAGUGUGUAUCCAGUGGUCCUCCUUGGCACUGCCCAUCCCUGCCCAAACAGGAGCCUCAGCUACCACCAGAUGUGCCCAGAAAGAGGUGGGGUUUCGCCAAGCGGCCCAAGCUGAUCUUGAACUCCUGAGCUCAAUCAAUUCUCCCGCCUCGGCCUCCCAAAGUGUUGGGAUUACAGGCGUGAGCUACUGCACCCAUCCCAAAGAAUAUUUUUGGAACCAGCUUCUCCAUGGGUUCCAGCCAUCCCUGGCAGACGCCUUGGCCAGCAGCCUAAGAACGGUUGCCCCUCAGGAAAGAAACUGACAGCUUUGCGGUUCUGUAUUGAAGGAUACUUUCUUGAAAGCUGCUGCCACGAUUGUGAUGCUCUCACAUUCCACGGUUCAGUUCCUCCGACGCACAACGUUCACUCCUACCUCAGGGCCUUUGUGUGUGCCGUGCCCUCCGCCUAGAAUGCUCUCUCUGGGUCUUCCCACGGUUGGCUCUUCAUCCAGUUCUCCGUUAGAUGUCACCUUUCCAGAGAGCCCACACCCUCCCUCGCUCUCUCUCAAACUGCUGGGUUUUGUUUCUUGCCAGCAUUGAACAUUAUCUGAAACUGUUUUGAUGCCUUAUUCCUGGACUUGCUUUGGUGUCUGUCUGCAGCCUCUGGAGUGCGCCUCUAGGAAAGAAACGCCUUUUCAUGAGCCACAGUGCCCAGUGCUGGUGCAUCGAGGGCGCUCCGUGGAUACUCACUGAAGGACAAAGUCAAUAAAGCUGUUGAUGGUGGCUGCUGGCCACUUGCCGGCUGGGUUUAUAUCUGUAGCCAUUGAGGCUGCUUUUGGCUGAAAGUCCUAGAAAGCACCCAAGAGGUUUAACAAUAAAGAUAUUUAUUAUUUCCAUAUAAGGGGAAGUCCUGAGACAGGGCAGCUUUGGGGUUCUUGAUUUCAUUUUUUUUUUUUUUUGAGAUGUGGUCUCACUCUGUCGCCCAGGCUGCAGUGCAAUGGCGUGAUCUUGGCUCAUGGCAACCUCCACCUCCCAGGUUCAAGCGAUUCUCCUGUCUCAGCCUUCCAAGUAACUGGGAUUACAGGCUGAAUCCUAUUCCAACGUGUGGACGGGCCCCAGCUUAUUACCCACCACCCAUCAGCGGACACUCGGGUUGCUCCCACCGUUGGGCGAUCGUGAACAGCGCUGCAAUGAACGCGGUGGCCAGAUUCCUCUUCGAGUCCCCAGUUUCAUUUCUUUUAUACCCAGAAGUGAGACUGAUGCAUCACAUGCUGCCCUCCCUACCACCGGAAGUGACUCCCCUCAGCAAGGUCAAGGUGGCUCACGUGUCCCAGCACCCUUUCAUCUCUGCCCUUCUCUCUCGUUGAGUAACAGCAUGGCGUGACAUGAGGGCUCUCUAGCCAUGGCCUUGCAGCCCUCUUGGAACGUGCGCAUCGACCCCAGUAGCCUGUCCUUCAACAUGUGGAAGGAGAUCCCCAUCCCCUUUUAUCUCUCCGUCUACUUCUUUGACGUCAUAAACCCCAACGAGAUCCUGAAGGGCGAGAAGCCGCAGGUGCGGGAGCGCGGGCCCUACGUGUACAGGGAGUUCAGGCACAAGACCAACAUCACCUUCAACAACAACGACACCGUGUCCUUCCUCGAGUACCGCACCUUCCAGUUCCAGCCCUCCAAGUCCCACGGCUCAGAGAGCGACUACAUCGUCAUGCCUAACAUCCUGGUCUUGGGUGCGGCGGUGAUGAUGGAGGAUAAGCCCAUGACCCUGAAGCUCAUCAUGACCUUGGCAUUCACCACCCUCGGGGAACGCGCCUUCAUGAACCGCACUGUGGGUGAGGUCAUGUGGGGCUACAAGGACCCCCUCGUGAACCUCAUCAACAAGUACUUUCCAGGCAUGUUCCCCUUUAAGGACAAGUUCGGAUUAUUUGCUGAGCUCAACAACUCUGACUCUGGGCUCUUCACGGUGUUCACGGGGGUCCAGAACAUCAGCAGGAUCCACCUCGUGGACAAGUGGAACGGGCUGAGCAAGGUUGACUUCUGGCAUUCCGAUCAGUGCAACAUGAUCAAUGGAACUUCUGGGCAAAUGUGGCCACCCUUCAUGACUCCUGAGUCCUCGCUGGAGUUCUACAGCCCUGAGGCCUGCCGAUCCAUGAAGCUAAUGUACAAGGAGUCAGGGGUGUUUGAAGGCAUCCCCACCUAUCGCUUCGUGGCUCCCAAAACCCUGUUUGCCAACGGGUCCAUCUACCCACCCAACGAAGGCUUCUGCCCGUGCCUGGAGUCUGGAAUUCAGAACGUCAGCACCUGCAGGUUCAGUGCCCCCUUGUUUCUCUCCCAUCCUCACUUCCUCAACGCCGACCCGGUUCUGGCAGAAGCGGUGGCUGGCCUGCAUCCUAACCAGGAGGCACACUCCUUGUUCCUGGACAUCCACCCGGUCACGGGAAUCCCCAUGAACUGCUCUGUGAAACUGCAGCUGAGCCUCUACAUGAAAUCUGUCGCAGGCAUUGGACAAACUGGGAAGAUUGAGCCGGUGGUCCUGCCGCUGCUCUGGUUUGCAGAGAGUGGGGCCAUGGAGGGGGAGACUCUUCACACAUUCUACACCCAGCUGGUGUUGAUGCCCAACGUGAUGCACUAUGCCCAGUACGUCCUCCUGGCGCUGGGCUGCGUCCUGCUGCUGGUCCCUGUCAUCUGCCAAAUCCGGAGCCAAGUAGGUGCUGGCCAGAGGGUGGCCCGGGCUGACAGCCAUUCGCUUGCCUGCUGGGGGAAAGGGGCCUCAGAUCGGACCCUCUGGCCAACCGCAGCCUGGAGCCCACCUCCAGCAGCAGUCCUGCGUCUCUGCUGGAGUGGGAGCGGUCACUGCUGGGGGCUGCGCUGCACGCUUGCGUCUUUUGCAUGCCGCGUUGCCACUACUCUGCCUGUUCUGGAAGGCCUGGGACCCUCCCUUGGAGGGGGUGCAGGUGGGCUUUGAGUAAUGAGACCUGGUACUUGCAUCAUCCAUUCAUCAAGUCAGCACCCGGGGAUGCCAGGUUCUGUUAGGGGCGAGGGGACGUGCAGCAGUGGAGGAGACAGCUGAGGUCCCUGCUCAGGGGGAUUGAGGGGGGCUGGCAUUCCAGCCGGGGAGACAGAUGAAAACCAAGUAAAUCAGCAGAAAAGAUAAUUUCACUCAUGAUAGGAGCUGUGGGGGGUUAGAGCCAAAUAGAAAUACAGCGUGAGCCACGUGUGAGGUUUUCAGUUUAAAUUUUCUAAUAGCCACUUAACAGUCAAAGGAAACAGGUGGAAUUAAUUUUAAUCUUAUUUAACCCAAAUAUAUGCAAAGUAUUAUCACUUCAACAUGUAAUCAGUAUAAACAGUGUCAAUAUUUUUGCAGUUUUUUUGCAUGAAGUCUUUGAAAUCCUGUGUGUACGAUACAUGUGCAGCAGGUCUCAUUUUGGACUGGCCCCGUUUCAAGGGCUCACCAGCUGAAUGCAGCUUCCAGACUGGACAGUGCGUGUCUGGGGCAAGUGGGGACAAGGACAGAUGGAGCUUCAGGAAGGCCUCUCUGAAGAGGUAGAUAGUGAGCUUUGACCUGGAGGCCACGGAGGCACUCAGCACAUAGCCACAUGAGGAAUGCUGCCUGGAGCGGCCACUGCAAAGGCCCUGCGGCAGGCACGGGCAAGGUACAUUGGAGGGUCAGGCAGGGCCAGGGUGGCUGGAGGGGAGUGAGGGCAGGGACAGAGGUAGGAGGUGGUGUCUGAGAGUGGACAGGGCAGGCCACCCAGGGCCUCGUGGUGCAGAGUGAGCAGUUUGGAACUGAUUCUGGGAGUGACAGAGCCGUUGGAGGCUUUUAAAGAGGGGAAUCACUAGGUCAGCUGCUGGCUGGGGAAUGGGCCCUGGACUGGGAGGGGUGGAAGCCUGGGCCCAGCGGGGAGGCCCCAGUGGGUAAGGAAGUCGGAGACUCGAACAGGAUGGGGCAGCUGCUAUCAGGAGGGAACGGAAGUGGGGAAGAGCUCCAGCCCUGGGCUUCAGACCUCCAGAAGCAGCAGGAAGAGGGGUGAUAACAGUGCCCCUCCUUGCUUCGGGGUCAUUUAUUUAUUCAUUCAUGCAUUCACCUCAAGGCCCUUUGCACAGGUCAGGUGAUGCAGAAAUGACCAGAACAUGAGAUCUGCAGCAAAGAUGGGCAAGGCAGGCCUUUAGGCAAGUUACUACAGUCACACGAAGGAUAGGAGAGCUGUGAUCACAGAGCUCAAGGGGCAGUGGAGAUGGGCGAGUGGCUGCCAUGGCAGGGGAAGGGAUGCUGCCCACUGGUAGGGCAUCAGGAAAGGCUGUUUUUGGAUGCAUGGACCAGAAAGCCACUCUCUGAGGUGGCCCCCACCUGCAUCAUCCUAGGGCCACAGGCCGAGGCCUUCUGAGGGGCCUUGGGGCCGCCCCACUGCUCUGCUGGUCUUGGCUCCUCUGCAGCACCUGCUUCCUUUAGCACUGGUGAAUGAUUCUUCCUCUUCCCCUCUCUCAGGGAAGGCUUGCCUGCUUCCAUGCUUGCAUGCUGGGUGAGAAUAAAGCAUUCUUGGUUCUUCACCUUGGCUUUCAGACCUGAAACCCGACUUCCUUUCAAAAUUUCUGU